GAAAAAGAAAAUGGAUUUAAAGGAAGUGAAUAAGGCAUACGAUGCCACUAAAAGGAAACGAAGUGUAGUGCCUGCAUGGAAAGCAGAAUUUCCUUGGUUGAUUGUGGACGAAAGUGAAACUUUAUUCUGCCUGCCAUGUCAAACUGUAUACGGCCCCCAUGCUGAAACCCGACAACAGAGGGAUAUCUUCAGAAAGCGAAGUCAAGGUUCCUUUGUCAAAGGGUGUCAAAACCUGAAGCAUGACACUUUAGUCUGUCACCAACGAUCUGACGGCCACAAGGAAGCCCAGGAGAAGUAUGAGGCCAGGAAUAAGAAGAAAGGUGAGAGCAUAGCCGAGAAGACCAUUGAGACUUUGAAUACUAAAGUAUUUCAGAAGCUCAAGAUACUCUUCAUAAAUGCCCACGCCCUUGCCAUGCACUGCAGACCAGUUUCUGAUUUCAAAUGGAUGUGUGAGAUGGAUGAGAAGAAGGGCCUGGAUCUCGGCAGCACCUACAGAAAUGAAAAGAGCUGUAAGGAGUUUUUGGUUGCUAUAGCCGAAAUCACCCGUCUAGCAAUUGAAGACAAGGUAAAGAGUGCUAAGUUUAUCACAAUAAUGUCCGACGGAUCAACAGAUGUCUCUGCCACUGAACAAGAGAUUGUUUACUUGCACUUUGCAGUGGAUGGCAAGACUCACUGCAAUUUCCUUGGACUUGUACAGUGUGACAAACCAGAUGCCAAUGGCAUCUAUGAUGCUAUAAUGCAAGCUGUAAAGCUCCCGGGGAUCCCAAAGGAAGAAAUGAUGAAGAAGAUUGUGGGAUUUGCUGGCGAUGGGGCGGCUGUCAACACCGGGAAAAAGGCUGGGGUGAUCGCUCUCAUGCGGGAAAGAAUCAGUGGAGACAUACUGAUGGUGCAGUGCAUGGCCCAUAGGGUGGAAUUGGCCUUCAAAGAAGCCAUGAAACAAGCCUCUUUGUUCAUCAAAGUCUAUGUCCUCCUGGAUGCUCUGUACAAGCUUUACAGGAUCCCUAAACAGGCCGCUGGUUUGAAGGCAGCUUUCAGUACCACCAACAUCUCCAAGAUCUGGCCUGUCCGAGUUGGAGGAACGCGCUGGGUUAGCCAUACCCACACAGCACUGCAAAACAUGUUGCGUGGUUACCGUGCAAUUGUUCUUCAUCUCAGUCAAGUUGCCACCACCAGGACAGCUAGUGGUAUGCAAGCAAAGGCAAAAGGUCUCCUGAAAACGCUGCGCUCCAAAGAUGCCAUGACUUUUGCCCACUUCCUAAGUGACAUUCUGGCCGUUCUCUCCAAACUGUCGAAGACGCUGCAGCAGAGAGAAGUUUGUACCUAUCAUGUACAUGAAGCACUGAAGGCCACAAUGACCAGCAUCAACAAAUUCAAGGACCGGGCAGGACCUGAGCAGCGGAAACUCCAGCAGGGAGACUGUAACUCCUUUGAAGGUCAGACCCUAACAGGGGUAGACCACUCUUCAGGCCAGAUUGAGAAGGUCGUUGAGGCAUUGGUUGGUUCACUAGCCCGGAGAUUCAGUGACAUGGGAGGUGAAGUCCUCAAAGCUACAAAAAUAGCGGACAUGCAGUCAUGGCCUCAGGAGCAUGAAGAUGAUUUUGGGGAUGACUUCAUUGGAGUGAUUAUCGACCACUACAGGGAGCACUUCGACAAUGUUGGAGUAGAUGUAAGUGCAAUCGAAGCAGAGUGGACCUCCCUCAAACAAGCAUUGUACGAAAACCAGGGGAACAAGAUUCACUCCAUGUCCUGGCCAUCUGUGUUUGAGCUUUACAAGAGCACGUUUCCAAAUAUCCUGCAUGUAAUUGAUCUGGUCUUAUCACUCCCUGCCGCCACCUCUGAGUAUGAGAGAGGAUUCUCUCAAAUGAAGAUUACCAAGUCCCAGUACAGGAAUAGACUGAAGGCUACCACCAUGACAAUGCUCAUGACAAUUCAGCUGCACUCAGAACCUACAAAGGAUUUUGAUCCAUCAUCUGCCAUUCACCAGUGGAAUCAAAACCACAAUCGCAGACCCAACUUCAUGGAGGGAAGAAAGAAAGGCAGAAUGGCAGCUUUGGAGGGAGCCAAACAAGUGCAGGAAGAGAUUGAUGGAGUUGACGGAGUGGAUGGUGCUCAAAUGGUUGCUGAAGCUGCUGGGGGUGCAGUAGUUGAAGCUGAAACCAAGGAGAUAAACUCUGAUGACUCAGACUGGUUUACAGACAUGGGGGAUAAUGUAGAUUCUGACGAUGGUGAGAUGGAAGAUAGAGGUCUUGUUGGUGAGGAUGAGGAAUGAUUGUGGUAGUCUGUUGUAGACCAAUUACUACUGCUAUUACAGCAAGUAUUACGGUUUGUAUUACCAUUUUGCCUAAAUGAACUGAUGUUGAUCGUUUGAUCCACUGCUAAUAUUGUUCAUGUCCCUUGUUCUCAGUCUGUUGUUCUACUUUAAUAAAUUAUUGUUUGUAAUCUGCUGUGUUUUUUCUUUGAAGAAAAUGUAAAGCGCUGUCACUUAUCCCAGCCUAAAGUAUACUGAUAAUACAAUCAUGCCAAAAAUAGCUGAAAACACAAAUACAAAAUAACAAUAAUGUCCAAUUUUAUCUUUUCUGAGCUGAA